AUGGCAGAGCAGCAGGAAGGUAAAAUAUAUGCCCGUGCAGCGAUUCUGCAGUGGGCGGCGGGCAUCCUCCAGAGUGAGUACAGCUCCUUCAGCGAUAUCGCCGCGAAGGAUGUCGCGGUGUUGCUUCACGCCAUAUUUAACAAGCCGGACGUGGACGGUGAAGGUGCAGUCGUCUCGCUGCAUGACAUCCAAUUCUGCGAGAACCCUACCUCAACGACACGUUUCCUGAAUGCAAAACGCGUACUCUCACUUCUGCAGACGCUUAGCUCCUCUACCAGUGAUGCCAACUGCGAGGGCAGUGCAAGCGGUGGUCGUCUCGCACCGUCUGUCGUCGGAAACAUGACGGCCUCUGCGUGGUUGGAAGGUAAGGCGUUUGUAGAGGAGCUGAAGAUGUGGCGGUGGAUCCGCGCUGAAGCGUUUAAACGUGGACUUGGGAAGGACGAGUUGGGGUCUAGAGCGCAGGCGUUCCUCAAAGGUGCCGUUCAUAGCGGCAGCAUACUGUCAGCAGGUGGACGAGGGCUAGAGAUCGAUAACAAUCCGCCCGAGGUCUUAAAGAGCGUUGUGGCCAAGGAGAAUACUGCUUCAUCACGAAAGCAUCCCCGAGAGGAGGAGGAGGAGAAGGAGGAGGAGGCUCUGGCAAAUGCAACUCCUGGUGUUGCUGCUGCUGCUAUGAAAAAAAAAACUACGGCGGACGACAAACCGAGGCGGGUGGUCGAAAGCAACCCAGCGAUCCCUACACAUUCUGAUAGCAACGUUCAUACAAGUAGAGUCGUUGAGGCGGCCGUCACACAGAUUCCCAGUGAUGUGUCGCGGGAAGAGGAAUGGUCGGCGACACCGCUGCCUGAGGUAACGUGUGACGGGGUUGCCGCUGCACCGCAGUUGCUGGGUGUGCUCGAGAAGGUGAAGAAGGAGCUGGAAGAGCAGCGAACUGCAGCAAGGGAUGUUGCGACGGCACCGUGCGGGAAUGAGUCGCAUGUGCCGGAAGAGGCGCGCAGUGACGGGCGUCCGCCCACCGGCUGCGCGUCGUGCCCCGCGGUCUUCGCCGUGGCUGUUCAGCAGAACUACGACGCCAUUGAACGGCUGGAGGCGGUGCGGCGCCUGGCCGUUGCCGCGUGCCUCAAGAGGGAUGCGACGGCGGUACUGGGGGCCCUGGCGCUGGUGUGA